CAGAUCUGCAUGACUUUGCAAUAAAGUUUUAAAGGUAACAGUCAGUGUAAACAAAUGUUUAAACCACAUUAUGUCACCUCAGCUGGCUGACCUGAACCGCCGCCUGCCAGCUGAAGCAGGUCUGCCUCCACCUAAGCCUGGUCCUCUGCGAACCCGUGAGGUGCCCCCUCCGCCACGGCCCUCCCCCCACACCAUCACCCUGCAGACCCCGGCGUUCAGAAACUUGAGGCUCCCCAAGAGGCUGCGUGUGGUGUACUUCCUGGCUCGCACACGCCUGGCCCAGCGCAUCAUCAUGGUUGGCACAGUGAUUUGGAUCGGCAUCCUCGUCUACACUGACCCAGCAGGAAUCCGCACCUACCUGGCUGCACAGGUCUCUGAGCAAAGCCCCCUGGGAGACCCUGGAGGAGGCGGUCUGCCCCCUCACCUGGGGGUGGCCCCGGUUUUUCGUGGCGUGGAUCCCACCAGCACCUUGAGCAUCCACCCUGCGCCAGAUCCAACUCCCUUGCCCGAGAACCAAUCACAGGGCCACCAUGGGGCGGCCAGGGCCGGUUCCCUCCACCAGGCCGCGCCUUCUGUACCUCAGAUCACCUGGGGGGCAGAAGAUGAGGAGGGAUGGAGGAGGUUGUCCUUCAGGCACUGGCCGUCGCUCUUCAGCUACUACAACAUCACUUUAGCUAAGAGGUACAUCAGCAUCUUACCUGUCAUUCCUGUCACCGUACAUCUGAGCCCCCAGGAGGCCAUCGAGACACGUCAUCCUCAGGACACGAGACACCCGCCGCCACACAUCCCAAAGGUUGCUGCAGAUUUACAGACGGACCUCACCCUCUACAAGGUGGCAGCUCUGGGCCUGGCUGCUGGCGUGCUGCUGGUUCUGCUGCUCUUCUGUCUCUACCGGGUCCUGUGCCCGCGUAACUACGGCCAGAACGGCGUUGCUCACGGACGCCGGCGCCGAGGUGAUCUGCCCUGUGACGACUACGGCUACUCGCCGCCGGUCAGCGAGAUCUCACCGCUGCUGCUGAGGGGCCACAGUAUGGACAUCGAGUGUUUGGCCAGUGACGGGAUGCUGCUGGCGAGCUGUUGCCUGGCCGGACAGAUCCGGGUUUGGGAUGCACAGACCGGGGACUGCUUGACCGUCAUCCCAAACCACGGGCUGAGGCGGAGCAGCAGCAGUGGUUGCUGGGAGCAGCGUGACGGCUGGGACAGCAUGAGCGCGGUCACGGAUUCGGAGUGUUUGGGCUCCGAAGGUCGAGACCCCUCCAUCAGUGGUGACGGCCUGUCGGAGGACGAAGGCUACCCGCUGAGACGCCGCACCGCGCCCGCCAGGCCGACUCUGUUCAACGACCAGCCCGACCUCACCCCCCUCAUUGACACCAACUUCACGUCCCUGCCCCCCUCCCACCUCUCCACCCCACCCAGAGGAGGCUUUGACUUUGGAGGUCUGGUGGAACGCGCCUACAUGGAGCACGAGCCCCCGUCGCCGUCUGCCUACCCCUCUCCUUCCUCGGCCUCGUCCUCGCCACCUUCAGCCGCUCACCUCCAGAGAAGACCGAGCUUAGGGGACGCAGUCCCUCCAUUAGCACAGGAGAGAGUCUUCACAGCAGGGACACAAGCGACCGCAGACUUUGAAAGCUCGGUCUGGGCCAUGGAGCUGAGAGGAAACCUGAUAGCUGCUGGGAGGAGCAGCGGCAAACUGGAGCUGUGGGAUGCAGUGGAAGGGUCACUACGCUGCAGUAAUGAAGACGGUGUCUCUGGGAUCACAGCCCUGGCCUUCCUCAACAACAGAAUCGUAGCGGCUCGCCUGAACGGGUCCUUAGAUUUCUUCACUGUUGAGAUCAAUAAGCCUCUGGGUCUGCUGCAGUACAGAGGCCCCCCCGGGCGAAGCAGCAUGCCGCCGUCUCCCUGUUACAGCAGCGAGGACGUGAUCAGCUGCCAGCUCACGCGCUCGGUGCAGUGCGCUCACCAGAAGCCGAUCACGGUGCUGCGAGCGGCCGCCGGCAGGGUCGUCACCGGCAGCCAGGACCACACAGUCCGGGUGUACCGUCUGGAGGACUCGUGCUGCCUCUUCACCCUGCAGGGUCACUCUGGAGGGAUCACAGCCAUCUACAUAGACCAGACGAUGGUUCUGGCGAGCGGCGGGCAGGACGGCGCCAUCUGCCUGUGGGACGUCCUGACAGGAAGCCGUGUCAGCCAUGUCUAUGGCCACCGCGGUGACGUCACCUCGCUGGUCUGCACCACCUCCUGCGUCAUCAGCUCAGGACUGGAUGACCUCAUCUGUAUCUGGGACCGCAGCACCGGGAUCAAGCUCUACUCAAUACAGCAGGAGGUGGGUUGUGGGGCCAGUCUGGGAGUGAUCUCAGAGUCUCUGCUGGUGACGGGGGGCCAGGGCUGCGUCUCCUUCUGGGACCUGAACUUUGGCGACCUGCUGCAGACGGUCUACCUGGGCCAGAGCAGCGACGGUCAGGGGGUCCGCCAGCUGCUGGUGUUGGACAACGCUGCCAUCGUCUGCGACUUCGGCAGCGAGCUCAGCCUGGUCUACGUGCCGUCAGUGCUGGAGAAACUGGACUGAGGAGCGUCAGCGGACAGAACAGCCGGUUCUCGCUUCGUUUUGUUGUUUCUGACAUUCGGUUGAGACGCGAUCCUUAGACAUAAGGUGUAUACGAGGCUAUUUUUUAUAGCAGUGCGAAUUUUCUUUUGUAUUUUUUCGAGUCUGGAUGUGAUGAGGAUGCAGCCUGCUGCAUUUUAACGGAGCCGUCGUCUUGUCAUGAGCGAGGGUCGUGAGGUUCGAUAAAGAAAAGCUGGAUGUUUCUUACUUAAGGAGAAUCGGCCGGUUCCCAGUUUGUGCUUUUUGUGUGCGCGUGUUUUGUGGCUCUGCCCUCUAUGCUGCUGACAUGGGUGGGGCUUUACUGUGACCCCACCCGCCCAGAGAGGGACAUUAAAACGGUCUCCUCGUUUUUAAAUAUUCCUGCUGUGCCGUUCGCUCGACAGCGAAGUGCAGCGACAGUGAGCUGAACUGAGCAGUUGUUUGUGUGCGUGUUGGAGACUGAAUGGGUAAUGAAUGAAUAUAGGGCCUUUUUAUGGCAUAACACUGCUGAGAACAAAUAUUGAUUGGUCGUGUGUGAAGAGUGUGUGAGUGUGUGUGAGGGAGAACUGAUGAUUACUGUAUAAAGUAAACCUCCAGAGGGGGCUGUUUUUAUAUGUAUAAAUCUAUUAUUUAUUAGCGAUACAUUUUGAAUAACAGUUUGUUUAUGAAUGGCUAAUCCCAGCUCCUAAACAAGAAUAUAUUAAAGAGGAAACGAUGACUUCAAUGUAAGGAGGUGUUGGUUUGGCAUCGUCGGGCUCGUGGUUGUGAAAGGAUUAUUUGUGAUAUGAAGCUGGAGACACGGAAGUGUUUGUGGAGUUGGGGGGCUGCAGGGGAAAGAGGCUCCUCCUUCGUCCCGGCCUCGGCCUCUGACUCUGGGGUUACUGAUGCUGUAUGAGGGGUCAUUCUGCUACACCUUCAUCAGGCUACCUCCAUUCUCCAAAUUGCUUGAACUUUUGGACGACAGACGUUGCUUUUUUUUUGGCCAGCGUCUCGUUUACAUUGGCUACCAUAUUGUCAUAAAUUGUGCCCUUUGGAGAUUUUUUUUUAAAAUCACUGUUUACUGUAACUGGCUUAACUUAAACCGUUUUCAAUCCAGGAUUUUAAUUUUUUGGCCACAUUUCUGUAAUUUGUUUUCUGUGUCACAUUGAACAUAAGUACAUGGAGGCCAUCGGCAUGUUGUUGGUGCAAAGUUCAUCUGGUUAUGAGUCAUGAAAAUAUUUCAAACCCUCCCUUUAAAGAUCCUGUUUAAUGUCCCGAUAAACUAAUGUUUAAUUCUGAAAAUCCA